AUGAACGGACACCGGCCCCGCAAUCAAUCGUUCGAUUCUACGGAAGAGCUGGACACAGAUGAUGAUUUUUCACCAAGCAAAAAGGCGAAAGUGCAGGGCCCGUGGGGCCAUAGUUCAUCUACCAGCAGCAUGGGGGCCCCAUCGAAACAGCCAGUUAAUUACGGCGAGCAUCAUGCAAAGGGCGAAGAGAUUGCGGCAACGUUGAUGCAAAUAGCCGAAAAGCCAGACCGCUGUUGGAAUUUUGAUCUGCAACAUUGGCUUACCCUGUACCAGGCGGUCCGAUUUCAGGAUGUAAACUUCCCGGAAGCGGCCAUGCUGAUUUCCUGUUCGGCGCAAAUCUACGGCCGUAAGGUAGACUACCUUAGCGAUAUCAUCAUACACAUGAACGAUGAUCAAAAAGCACGGGAAAAGAAGGCACGAGAAGAAGAAAAAAGCAAGUGUGUCCAGGAGGGAGGUGAGCAGGAGGAGGUGGGAGAAACGGCGGCAAACAAGAGCACCGGACGGAAGCGUGCCGGCCGUUUCAAUCCGCAAUCGCUGUCGGAUUGUUUCGGUGAUUUGGAAUUUACGUGUAAUGAUAAAAAGUUGGCCAAGCUGGAAUCGCUCGUCCAGCCGGUGCCGCUGGUCGAUGUCGACCGGCGAACCAAGGUGCAACAGAUGCAGGAACUUUGUAUGGAACUCCGCACGAAUCCUACCCGACAGCGAAGACAGGAAAUUCUGAACCGUUUGCGUGAUGACGCCAGCAUAGCACCGAUCAUGUCCAGUAAUGGGGCUGCCAGAAAGAACCAAAUCUUGGAUCUCGAAUCAGGCGAAACGAUAGGCACCCGGUAUGACUAUCAGAUUCAUUUGAACUACAUAGAUGGACGUACUGGCUCGCUGAUUGCCGAACACGAUCUGAAACGGUUCUUCCAGCGCUGCGACGUAAUGGAUUUUCUGUCGGAACAGCACGAAACGGAACGGGCACGUUGCACGCAGCUUGGCAAGCCAGCACCAAACGACCGGCAGUGGCAGGGUGAGCGCGAGCUAAAGCUUUUUAUGCCGCCGGAGUAUCUUAGCAACCGUUAUCGCAUCAAGCUGAACGAUACGACCGAUUUCGACAAUGCGCUGAUACAGGCACGCGUCACAAACUACAGCUCGGAUCCGAUUCUUUCCCUCAUGGAUCAUGGUUUACGGGCGGAGAACAUUGUGGCCCAAAUUGUGCCUGCCGAACAGAACGAUACGAAUGUGACGCAAAGUAAAGCCUCCUUCACGCAGAACGAUUCCGGCUUUGAUAGCAGUACAUCGACCAUCAUACCCGACGAGUCGGAUCCUUCUUUUAGUGGUGUACUGUUAUCUAGUAGCCGUACGGAUGAUUCGACAAUUGAACAGCUGGACGAUAGUGGUGCUAACACAACGGACACAUCGCACGAAAGUAGUUCAAACGAGACUGCCCCGGGAAAAGGUGCAGAUUUAACCACCCCAGAAAAGUCCACCCCAUCAGCAUCCCGACUGAGCGUGGAUGAAGGUAUCGGUGUGGAUCGUGAAUCACCGCCACGAACGGCGGAACAGGACAGUACCUCAAAAUCCGGAACGGUUUUGUUUGCCGGUGGUACCAUUUUCCCACGAUCGUCGCCGGUGUUGCGUCCCGUAAGGUUGGUGCAGAACCUGCUCGGCAUUCCGGAGGAUUUGGCACGCAAGCACGUUCAGUUUGCGCUGCCUAACGAAUAUAGAAAAAUGAAGGCGGAGCUUGCGAAACGGCGUGAAAAAGAAGCAAAUGAAAAAAACCAAUACCAACUGCACCGGUUAAAACCGACGACCGAAUCGACUCUUCUUCGUCCAUCAACGCCAGAGCCGGAAGAUUUCCUUGGUUUUGAGGACGAACCGCAAACACCGACUAAGUUGAGUCCGAAAAAGAUGAAAGCUACCUCUACACCGAGUAAAGAUGAUUCGCCGUCUCCAGUGAAGCAAAGGUGUCCGUCCACUACUGAGCAACGCUUCGAAGGGUUCGACGAACAGGACAUAAUAACUGCCCAGAAAGUGGUCGAGCGGCUGAGCCGAUUGUCGGAAAAGCCAAAAAGUUCGAUCAGUCCACGACGCUCGAACGGUUCGCUGCCUGCCACACCAACCAGAACACUGUCGUGUGAUUCCGGCAUAUCGGACACGGUUGAUAGGAGCGGUAAGGAACCGGCCAGCUGUAGCCCGCUCGAUUCAAUCGCUGAAGAUACGGAUCAUAUCGAGUGUGAUUUACCCACAGUGGAAGACGAUGUUGGUGGUGAUGGUGAGGAGGAAGGGCGAAAUGGAGGACAAUCGAAAUCGGUACCGCUUCAACCCCUGCAAGAGCAUACGGACGCAUCGAACGCACGCAUUCAGGCGAGUAUGAACGAAGCGAAGGAACGUUUCGACAAGGUUAGCCAGUGGCACCGCAAGCUAAAGCCCAUCCUGAUCGAAUCGGAAAAGCGGAACCACUUUGAUAUUCACGCGUACGGUACGGAAAUUAUCGAAACGUUCGAUCCAUCCGUACCGCUCGGGGCGGAAUCGAUCACCCUUGAAAGGGUGCUACAGAACAAACCACCCCACAGCACGGCACGAUUCUUUCUCUCCGUACUGAUGCUUGCCAACACGAACAACGUACACAUCUCGAACAAAAACCAGGACGCGUUGCGUCUCUCUUCGACGGCCGAGAUUGAGCUGCGCCUACUUAGCCGUAAACGACAUCACAAGGAACUGGAAGCGCUCGGUGAGCUAUUACCACCGUCGAUCGAAGGCACAGGUGAUCCGGAACGUAAUCGACAAAAGCGACACGCCCGCAAGCGAAAACAUAUCGUGCAACAGAAGCAGCAUCAGCAGCAUGUGCAAGACAACACCGCUCGGGAUGAUACGAUCGUACGUGAAGAUCCUUCAAGCCGUGUUGUUGGCGGUUUGGAUGCGGUCGAAGACGAAGGUGGCAACUUUUUCGACAACGUACAGCAAAUGUAUGAAGAUCUAAAUAGCAAAGCUUCUCAACACAAACGCUUGGCAUUUCGUAGAGGGAUGCGAAAUUGUGCCUACGGGCUGCCGGAUGAUGCCUCCAGCACAGCUUUAAAGGAACAAGGAAACGAACAAGCGGCACAAACGAGUAAAGGCGGCCAACCGUUGGGGAAACCGCCACCGCCUAAUAUGAAACCGCAACGAACCAACCUGACUAUCUCUCCGGUACAGGUAGUGCCGAUGGAUGAUUCCGGCGAGGACAUUCUAUCCGUUGAUCUGCUAACCAACAGUGCGACUCUCGUGCCCGUCCAUUAUACUGACACAACCUGUGCGAAAAGUGUGUUCUCGGUGGCGGAAUCCGGUUACGAAUCGAUGCUUAGCGGUGGAGACGACGUCUAGCGAA